AUGAAGGAGGGUGCAACAGAUUCGAACCAACGUCCGCGGCGAGCGUCGUUGAUCAAAGCAACGGAAAGUAUCAAGAAGGUUGCGGCGCCAAAGAAGAAACGUGAUGAUGUAUAUGAAGUCGAGGCCAUUAUCUCGCACGUUGUUGUCGACAAUGAACCUCUGUAUAGAGUAACUUGGGUAGGAUAUCCGGGCGAAGUCACUGAAUUAACUGAAGAUGAAUUGUCGAGAACGUCCACUAAUUCAGCAUUAUUUGCCUAUGAGUUUGUUCCCGGCCAUAAAGCGACUGAAGCUGACCAAACUAUUAACAGAGCUUUCGGCCAGGUUCUGCUAAUUAUGUUACCAUCGGUAGACAAGUUCAAGAAGGAGCACCUGUUUGAAGGAUUUCGCAAUCGAAUUUUGAUCCAUACGGGAGCCCCUGAACAUUCCUCUGUUACUCCACCCCUCAGUUGCUCCACGUUGGCUGCAGUGUAUUACCGCCGUGACCUCUACAUUGCUAUCAUUGGGAAGCAUAUCGUUAUAAACUGUACCGAACUGUUGCAAGCAUAUAAGGACAAAGUGAAGGAAAGUGGGGAUACCAGUCUACUGACGAUAAUGGAGCCUCACUCGGAUCAAGAUAGUGGAGGGGUGGAAUCAAAAAAAGGCGAUAAGCAA